AUGGCAGCCACCGCCGCAAUAUCAGUCGCUUUCGCCACCAGGAAGCUUCUCACUUCCUCCUCUCGCAAUCUCAAACAACCCCUCUCUCUCCUCUCUUCACAAAGAAGAUCCAGCUCCUUCUUCUCCAUCAGUUCCGCCCCUCUCCCUCUCCGCCGCCCCCAAACCCUCCGAUUCUCCACCCUCCCCAGCAUAUCCGCCACGAUCUCCGUUGGCGACAAGCUGCCUGACGCCACACUUUCCUACUUCGACUCCGCCGACGAGCUCCAAACCGUUUCCGCCGACGAGCUAACAUCCAACAAAAAAGUCAUCCUGUUCGCGGUUCCGGGGGCGUUCACCCCGACCUGUUCCCAGAAGCAUCUCCCCGGAUUCGCCGCGAAGGCGGCCGAUUUCAAGGCGAAGGGGGUAGACACGAUUGAUUGCAUUUCCGUGAACGAUGCGUUCGUGAUGAAGGCGUGGAAGAAGGAUUUGAAAAUUGGGGAUGAUGUGUUGAUGUUGAGCGAUGGGAAUGGGGAUUUCACUGGGGCGAUUGGGUGCGAGCUGGAUUUGAGCAAUAAACCGGUAGGAUUGGGGGUGAGGUCGAGGAGGUAUGCGAUGUUGGUUGAAAACGGCGUCGUUAAGCUGCUGAAUUUGGAGGAGGGCGGUGCCUUCAGUGUUAGCAGCGCUGAGGACUUGCUCAAAGCCAUUUGA